UGUGCAUUUCGCGCAUCGACGGACGAUAUUUGUGCCCUAGGGAUCCACCUCUCCAUCUGCUGUUCAUGUACCGUUCGGCGCAGACCAUAGCCAGCAAUCCGCGCUGAUGAACGCUACACAACGGAUUUGGCCAAGAAUCCCCUCAGUCGCCAGUCAGCACUAUGAUCUGCCGCAGCAUCCUUCUCGCGCUCGUGUCCUGUGCGUUCGCUAGUGUCGCCUCGGCCGCUUCCGACCUGCCUGUGAUCUUCUUCCACGGUGUCUUCAGCACCUACGAGGCCGGUGACAAUUUCGUUGCCAACCUGACCGCUGAAGGCCGUACCGUGGUAUCACUCUCGUUCUGUGAUGGCUCCUGUUCGACGGAGUCGCUCCUGCUCCAGGUACCCAAGGCCGUCGAGACUGUCCGCGCAGUGGUGGCCAACAACUCCGUCUUCGAUGACGGCUACAUCUUCAUUGCCCACUCGCAGGGCGGCCCCAUUGCCCGUGCCGUGAUUGAAGAAAUGGAUGACCACAAGGUCAAGCGCUUCAUCAGUCUGGCUGGUCUCCAGAACGGUCAGUUUAUUGGCCCUGACAAGGUCGAGGUAUCCAUUGCCAAUAAUGCCGUGUUCCUGACCAUGCUGGUGCCUCAAACCAUGUUCAACUACAGCGCAUAUGGUCCAGAAGACUACUAUGGCAAGAUGCAGAAGGACUACGUGCUCUACUCGAUUGAGAACCCUGACUCCCAGUACACAUACUCGCAGUUCAAUGUCAACCGUUGGCCUCAGUUCGGUAGUUUUUCGACUGCUAACUUCUUCCUUCCGGUCUACAACAACGUGAAUCAUUGCCUGCCUGGCAACGACCAGUGCAUCUACGACAAGCACCGCCGCAAAGCCAACUUCCUGAAGUUGGAGGAGGCUCACUUCUUCACUUCGCCUGCGGAUGAUGUUAUCAUGCCGUGGCAGAGUUGCAUCUUCGGUCGCUACUCGGAGGUGAACACGAUCGAAGAGAUCGAAACCCAGUACAACAACCUGACGGUUGUGGACAUGAAGGACACUCUCGAGUACACGGCCGAUACUUUCGGUCUUCAGACUCUGGAGAAGCGUGGUGGUCUGUUCCUUCACGAGAUUGCCAACGUCUCGCACGGUUGCUGGGCGACUGACGACGAAGAAACCGGUUGCUCGUGGGCGACCGUGUACGACCAAUACAUUUACCCGACGCUUGUGUAAGAACACUCGUACAGAUAGAUCAAAACGCUAGCGACGUGCCAUUACUAAACGGCGAGUUGCAACUGGCAAUUGAGCGCAUAAUUUCAAAGAUUUUUCGAAUACCCUUU